UCGGUCCGCGCGGUCAUCGUUAGUUGGAUACUAUUGAGUGACGCUCCGAUUUUAAGCGGUUUUUCUUGUGAUAUUUCGUGUUAAUUAACAUCCUAGGAUCUUCCAUUUGCUUCUUUGUGUGAUCGAUAAGCAAUAUGGCGAACCGGAGACCUCAGAAUAAUCCUCGUCGGUCGGAUUUCGGGCGGAACGACCGUGGGAAGAAUUUCGGCCGCAGCGGUGUGUCGCCGUGGCAAGGGGGCGGGCCCGGUAGUGCUCUACCUAACCUCUUACCGCUAGCUGGGAAUUCUACUGAGGCUACGCUCGCGCUCGCUAGCAACAUAAUCAACUUGCUACAGCCGCGCCAGAAUCCCGUGCCCUCCCUGCUCGACAUGCCCAUAAGGCGUGACUUUGGUCCCAACAUGGGUCGCUUUGACCGAGGUGGUUUUGGACCUAAUCGGAUGGGCAAUCAAAAUUUCCGGCGUACGGGAAAUUACAAUCGCUCAGGUGAGCGCAUCAACAACAAUCGUAAGCCGUUCAGGCCCAAUGAUGGGCAAAGGCAACAAAACAAGAGUUCCCCGAAAAAGGAGGCCGAUUCUAAGGCUAAACCUGUUAAGGAGAGCGAUCAAGAUGACAAAAAGGACUCCAAACAAGAUAAUGACCAGGACUCCAAAGAAGUAGCAAAGGAGGAGAAGAAAGAAGCUCCAAAGACCCGUUAUGAUGACAUUAAUCCUGCUUUACUCAAAUGCCACAUCUGUAACAAGAGCAUGUGGGAUGGCCGAUCUUUUGAAAACCACCUUAGUGGCCGUGCCCAUGCAAUUAUGAUGCAGAAGACAGCAGAAAGCUAUGCAUUGACUGCUGAUACAAUGAGACAGGAAUUUAAGAUCCGUGAAAUGAAGCGUACACGCAAGAGCGGCCAACAGCCUGCGCGCGAUUUCUACUGCGCCAUGUGCGAUAUGUACGCCGCCGACGGAGCUGUGCACCGCACCACAGUCGGCCAUCGCAAGCUGAAGAAGUACCUGCAUCCAUCUUGCACCUCUUGCCAUAAGGAGAUGCCUACUAGAAUUGAGCUGGAUGAGCAUAGACUCUCUGCUGAGCAUUUGAGGAACAGACAGGACAAACAAGAAGAUAUCACCAAGCCCAAACCAGAAGUGAUGGUGAUCUCUACCCUGAGCAUGGAGCAGUCGUAUCUGCGCGACGAGCGUCACCGCCGCCGUCGUGACGACCAUGAAACUAAACAAGAGCCAAAGGACGACAACCAGGAUAACGCUGAAAAGAAGGAUACAGAAGCAGAAGGCGGUGAAGUGAAGCAAGAAGGCGAGGACAAGCAAGAAGUAAUCGAUAGCGAAAACACCAUCGUCGAUUAUAACGAGGGCGAUGAUUUAGCUGGCGUCACCAAGGAACAGUUCCCCACUUAUAGCGUGCUUCGCGGUGUUGGUCGAUCGUUCUUGGCGGAGUUCUCGUGCGUCCAGUGCCGGCUGUGCCGCAAGUUGCUGGACGGCCCGGACGCCGCUGACGUCCACCUGCGUACCUGGCGGCACCACCAGCUCUUCUUGCGCCUGCUGCAGGACAAGAUCAACCCCAAGACGCAAAUUGGUGCCGGCGAGACAAGUGAACCGCAGCCACAACAAGACGGGCAGAAACGUCCACUCAACUCUGAAGAGUCUGGCAACUGGAAGCGACGCAAGACCGACGACGAUGCAGAGCAGAAUGGAAUUGAUGACGAUGUCAAAGAAGAACCCCGGACUGAUGAUGCCGAUGGGGACACUGAGAUGCCAUCGGCUGAUGAUCUUGAGGACUGGGAACAGUCUGUGGAUGAGAUUUUGAACGACGAACAGAACUGCGAAGAAACCCAAGAAAACGCCGGAGAAGAAAAACUCCAAGACGAAGUUCCAGUGGAGGAAGAGGCCCCGGCCCCCGAGCCUGUAUCGGCACCGGUACCGACGCCUGUCGCGACCAAACCUGCGGCAUCCCCGCGAGGCCGAGGCCGCGGGCGACGUCGCUACUAAAAGUUCUACCACUCAGAUGAAGCUGUAAUAAGCCGGCUGUCAAUGGUGUUGGUUUUUUAAUUUAAUUUGGCUGAUCUAAAAACAUUGUCCCUUUGAAAUUGAUAAGCAAUGAACACAUUGAUAAUGUUUCUAGAUUUAUCAAAUUAUGCUUUUCGACGCCAUUGCCCUUCACGUCGUACACAGAUUGUACGCCAUGUAUUAAAGAAGAAAUUAUGCCCCGUUUCAUCAUUAAUACAAAAAUUAACUACUUAUACAUGGUAACCUCAAAAAGUCGGCGUUAUUUGCUAAAUUUUUAUAUCAAUUUCUUUGAGGAGUGCCUCUUGGAAUUUUUUUAUACCCCUGGGUACAAUUUCCGAUUUAUAAAUAUGAUAGACCUUUGUACUUUAUUGUGCACAACAAGUCGAUGUGUCAUGUCAAUGUAUAAAAAAUUACUAAUAUUAUAGUCAGAAGUUUAACACAAAAUAAUAAGUCCGUACAAUACCUUCGAAUUAAGCUCCUUAACUUAAUUUUACAGUGGACAAUUAAUUAUAAUAUGUAAUAAGAUAUUGAAUUAGGACGUCAGCGUAAUUCACCGCAAGUAAGAUACUAUAAAAAUAUGGUUAAUAUACAGAGUGUAACAAAAAUAUUCAGCUAAACUUCAGCUUGUGAUUUGAUCCAGAAUGAACACAUGAGAAAAUUAAUUACAAUUUAAAAAUCGUUUUGUUUUAAAAUUCAAUUUAAAAACUUUGAUGCCCAUUCAAUUAUUCUAUUGACCAUGUACAGUGUGUAGGUAAAUCCAAAAUAUUUUUUUGACAUUUAAUUUUUUGUCAAGUUGUUAUAAUUAGAAUUUAAAAAUAAAAAUAGUUCGAGAAACAACGACUCAUAGCAUACAUUACAUUUAAUUUCUACUCAAUAAUGGAAUCUUAUAACAUUCAAUGAAGGUAAAAUGAAAGUAUCAUAAAGUUCGAAUGAAAUAAAACAAUUCAAAUAUAAUAAAAGUUACGAACAAAAAUUUCAAAAGCUUAGCUUAAGCUAAAUAAAAGUAACAAUUGUAAUAAAAGUAAUUGCUGCCGAUUAUAAUAAAAUUAAAAUAAAAUCAGAUUUUCAAAACUAGAAUCUGUUUGUAUAUAGAUAGUCGCUAUACCGGCAACAUAACGAGCAUGCUUACAACAACAUUGCCGGAUAUAGGGGCAAUGUAGUCUUCCGGCUAUAAUGGCGAGGAUUGGGGUUGACCCGCAUUUUGCGCACUAGUGAUGCGCGCCUUUUGCGCAUGGUCGUAUAAAAGCAUUCGAUGCAUGCCGCCGCGAAAUACCCGAGGCGUCUCAAGAGCGGGGCAACCUUAAUAGCGCCCAGGGGGCCUUACCAUGAACCCUAAUUACAGUUCAGUAUAGGUUCGUAACGACAUAAAAGCGGGAUAGUAAUAUACACUUCAUGUAGCGCUAUCGACGAUUAUAUAUCGUACGAUUCAUUUUUAGGUCCUAAACUGAAUUGUAAUAAGAGUUCAUGGUAAGGUCCCUGAAAGCAUUAUUAAAUUGUAUAUGUAUCGUGCUAUACGCUCUUUACCAAUAGUUAAGAAGAAUAUGAAUAGUAUAACACACACACUCAUAUCCACGCUGCAGGGAAACCCUGUGUCAUGGGUGUCAUGGACACACAGAUAACCACAACUUGCACCCAAAGUCUCGAGAGAAAUAAAUGUAGGCUAUACAAAUAUUUCUCCCGGCCCGGGAAUCGAACCUGGGACCUCUGCGUGGCAUACCAGCAUAGUAACCGUUCCGCCACGGAGGCAGUACGUUAGCCCACAGGGCGCACGUGUACGUGCGUGUGUAGAGAGAGUGACCUUCACCUCCGACUGAACUCUGUGCAAACUUGCUAGCCAACAUAUUCGCUCUCUUAAGAGCUCACAUUCUAAAUCAACAGUCUUAGAGGCCGACUGUUACUAUGUGUUCGAUAUUUGAAAUGGUCUACUCUAUCUAGAGGGACACCGUUAAGAAAUGUGUGAGGCGAAAUGUGUUAAGAAAUGGGUGGAACAUUUUUACCGCAGUUAUAAAUUGCAAUCAUCUGCUAAAGUUUGGCUUAAGCUCAGGCCACACAGAGGCGGUACAGCGGGAAAAGCGGUUCGGGAGCGGACCUGCGGGAAGCGAAUGCGUACCGGGGCGUGCCACACAGCAGUCCCAAGCGUAGUUCGCGGCGGAAUAGCGGCCUGAAGGCGGCCACCACGUUUCAUUUUUAACAUAGAUUAGGGCGUUAGGUCCCGCACCGCCCCAUGGCAG